UUAAACGCAACAUUCUACUAAAAACCUUCAACUUUUUCCACAUUAACAGACAUGAAAAUAGACAUGAUUUAAAUUGAUCCUACUAUUUACGAGUUUCUAGGCAGAUUAAUUUUCCCUUUAGAGUUUAGUAUAAUAGCUUGGCCGCCAUUUGCAAAGUUGUGUUUUUACACUUUUCGCAACAGGAAUUAAGCUUCUUCAGCGGUCAAUUCCACUACUGAUACAUGUGUUUGACUCUUCGAUAACCUUGACAUGUUUCAGGUCUGAGAGACAACAACCUUCAGUGGGUCUUCUUAUAUCACUAGAAACACUAAAGCUGAUGGACCUGAAGACUUAAUCUUCAUUAGUGAAUAAUAAGUGGAAAAGUACUUUUACCAAAAAGACAAAACAAUAUAAUCAGUAACCCUUGAAACCAGAAAGAUAUGUCGGCCAUAAAAAAUGAGAUGCAGAGUCCAUGUACACUCAUUAAGACUGAAACAACAUCUGUUGCUGAUGCACUAGAAGACCUGACUGUUAAUGUAAUACCUAAAGCAGAAAGUUCAUUUUGCUUUGAUUAUAAUGAGACAAAGUGUUUACAGAUUGGUUUCAUGCAGCACGACAAUAGCUUUGGCCAAAAACUCCAUGAUAUAAAAAUUGAUCCAGCUGACCAGAAACACUGGAGGUGUGAGAAUGUUCCGAAAUCGGAGACAAAUUCUCAAAUGUCCAGUUCUUUCGUUAAAAUAGAAUGGCAGCCUGCUCACAUUGUGAAGACAGAGUGUAUGACUGAGAAUAAUCAUAGAGUAAAGAUUGAGAGGGCAUUGCCUGGUCAGGAGGAAGUUUGUCAACCUAAUAGUGAUAAUGAAUUCUAUUGCAAUACUUAUGAAGUAAAGACACAGUAUGGUCUACAUCAUGAUGAAAAUACAAAUGGACCAGUUACUUCUGAGGUCAAGCAUGAAGAUCACUCUGGUCAGGAAGUUGGUUCGAUAGUAAAGGCAGAACCGACAAAAUCACACAGUCUGUACAAGGAAGGAUGGAACAUACAGGUAGCCACAAUGAUGGAGCACUUGAAGGCACAGAGCGCACCACAGGAAAUGGGGUACAGUUGUAGAGUAAAGAUUGAGAGGGCAUUGCAUGGUCAGGAGGUAGUUUGUCUUCCUGAUAGUGAUAAUGAAUUUUAUUGCAACUGCCAAGACAUUACUUUUGAAGUAAAGAAAGAGUAUGGUCUACACCAUGAUGAAAAUACAAAUGGACCAGUUACUUCUGAGGUCAAGCAUGAAGAUCACAGUGGUGAGAAACCUCACCUUUGCAGAGUAUGUGAAGUUGCCUUCAAUACAUUAGGCAUUUUGAAAAGACACAUGCAGGUUCACAGUGAUGAGAAGCCUCACAAGUGUACAGUAUGUGAAGCUGCCUUCAAAACAUCAGGCAUGUUAAAAGGACACAUGCUUGUUCACAGUGAUGAGAAACCUCAUCAUUGCAGAAUAUGUAAAGCUUCUUUCAAAAGGUUAGGCCAUUUGAAAAGACACAAGGUGGUUCACAGUGAUGAGAAACCUCACAAGUGCAGAGUGUGUGAAGCUGCCUUCAAAACAUUAAGCACUUUGAAACAGCACAUGCUUAUUCACAGUGAUCAGAAGCCUCACAAGUGUAGAGUAUGUGAAGCUACCUUCAGUACAAUAGGCAUUUUGAAAAGACACAUGCAGGUUCACAAUAAUGAGAAGUCUCACAAGUGCAGAUCAUGUGAAGCUUCCUUCAGAACAUUAGGAAGUUUGAAUUGGCACAUGAAGGUUCACAGUAAUGUGAAGCCUCACAAGUGCAGAGUAUGUGAAGCUGCCUUCAAAAGAUUAAGCAAUUUGAAAGAGCACUUGCUUGUUCACAGUGAUGAGAAACCUCACAAGUGUAGAGUAUGUGAAGCUGCCUUCAAAACAUUAGGCAUGUUAAAAGAACACAUGUUUAUUCACAGUGAUGAGAAACCUCACCAUUGCAGAAUAUGUAAAGCUUCUUUUAAAAGGUUAGGCCAUUUGAAAAGACACAAGGUGGUUCACAGUGAUGAGAAACCUCACAAGUGCAGAGUGUGUGAAGCUGCCUUCAAAACAUUAGACACUUUGAAACAGCACAUGCUUGUUCACAGUGAUCAGAAGCCUCACAAGUGUACAGUAUGUGAAGCUACCUUCAGUACAAUAGGCAUUUUGAAAAGACACAUGCAGGUUCACAAUAAUGAGAAGCCUCACAAUUGCAGAUCAUGUGAAGCUUCCUUCAGAACAUUAGGAAGUUUGAAUUGGCACAUGAAGGUUCACAGUAGUGUGAAGCCUCACAAGUGCAGAGUAUGUGAAGCUGCCUUCAAAAGAUUAAGCAAUUUGAAACAGCACAUGCUUGUUCACAGUGAUGAGAAGCCUCACAAUAGUACAGUAUGUGAAGCUACCUUCAAUACAUUAGGCAUUUUGAAAAAUCACAUGCAGAUUCACAAUAAUGAGAAGCCUCACAAAUGCAGAUCAUGUGAAGCUUCCUUCAAAACAUUAGGAAGUUUGAAUUGGCACAUGAAGGUUCACAGUAAUGUGAAGCCUCACAAGUGCAGAGUAUGUGAAGCUGCCUUCAAAAGAUUAAGCAAUUUGAAACAGCACAUGCUUGUUCACAGUGAUGAGAAGCAUCACAAGUGUAGAGUAUGUGAAGCUUCCUUCAAAACAUUAGGCAUGUUAAAAGAACACAUGUUUAUUCACAGUGAUGAGAAACCUCACCAUUGCAGAAUAUGUAAAGCUUCUUUCAAAAGGUUAGGCCAUUUGAAAAGACACAAGGUGGUUCACAGUGAUGAGAAACCUCACAAGUGCAGAGUUUGUGAAGCUGCCUUCAAAACAUUAGACACUUUGAAACAACACAUGCUUGUUCACAGUGAUGAGAAGCCUCACAAGUGUACAGUAUGUGAAGCUGCCUUCAAUACUUUAAGCACUUUGAAACAGCACAUGCUUGUUCACAGUGAUGAGAAGCCUCACAAGUGCAGAGCAUGUGAAGCUUCCUUCAAAACAUUAGGAAGUUUGAAUUGGCACAUGAAGGUUCACAGUAAUGAGAAGCCUCACAAGUGCAGAGUAUGUGAAGCUGCCUUCAAAACAUUAAGCAAUUUGAAACAGCACAUGCUUGUUCACAGUGAUGAGAAGCCUCACAAGUGCAGUUUAUGUGAAGGUGCAUUCAAAACAUUAGGAAGAUUGAAACAGCACAUGCGGUUUCACAGUAAUGAGUAGCCUUAGCAGUGCAAUGUCUGUAAAGCUGCUUUUAAGUUCUCAUAUGUUUUGAAAAGACACAUGCAGGUUCACAGUGAUGAGAAACCUCACAUAUGCAGAGUAUGUAAAGCGGCCUUCAAAAAAUUAGUAAUUUUGAAAUGUCACAUCCUUGUUCAAAGUGAUAAAAAGAUUCACCAAUGCAGUGUGUGUAAGGCUGUCUUGAAAACAUUUUGACUUCCAUUUUAAACUCCAUAUGCAGAACCAUGGUAAUGAAGAAACCUCAGCAGUGCAGCAUGUUGAAGUCCUCACCUACUUUCAAAAUGCACAGUAAUCAGUGAUGUUACGCCUUUUCUGUGCAGUGUGUUUAAAAUUUGUUUUAGGUUGUUCUGUGAUCUCAAUACAAUGUGAUCCAGGGAUGCUCUUGGUUACCAGAGCGGAGUAUAUGAAGCUUCCUUUAGACGAUUAGACCUUUUGAAAGAACGCAUGCAGGUUCACCGUGCUGAGAAACCUCACCAAUGCAAUGUAUGUGAAGCUUCUUUUAGAUAUAUGUCUGUUUUAAAAAGACACAUCGUGAGCCACAACGAUUUUAAACAUUACCACUGCAUUGUGUCUAAAGUUUAUUUCAAGUCCUCACCUGCUUAGAAAAUGCACAUGCUAAUCUACAGAGAUGUUAAACCCAACAAGUGCAUUAUGUGUAAAGCACCUUUCAGGUGCUCAUCUACUUUAGAAACACAUAUGGUGACCUACAUUUGUAUUUGUUUUCUCCCAUGCUUGGUACAUAAAGCUUUCUUAUCCUUGCAAGAUGUGCAAAUUUAAUUUGAUAUCAUCUAUUUCAAAAACACACAGGCUGAUCCAUAGAGGUGUUAAACCUUGCUAACUCAAAGCUUGUAAUGCUUGUAUUAGGUCAUUUAAUUUAAAACAACACACGCUCAAUUGCUUCUGUGUUUAACUUUAUGGGUGCAGUUUGUUUAAAGGUGCUUCAGGUCAUUAUCUGGUUUAAAAUGUGACAUGGUGAGUCACAAUGAAGUUAAGGCUUCCCAGUUGAGUGUGUAAAAGUGUUGUUAGGGAGGUGUCGUUCAAAAGGCACAUGCUGAUGAACAGUGAGAGUGUGUGUCAAGCUGUUUAUGGGCUGUACAAACCAUCACAUGCCCGUCUAUAGUUCAACUCUACCAGUGCAGUAUUACUGCAGUAUCUUCUGGCUGUAGGAAAUUGAGCAGUACCUGAAAUUUUCAUCUGUUUAAUGCAUGUCAUCAUAUUGACAAAUAUUGGUAUAUUCAUUUUUUUUCGUAUUAUUAUUUUAAGAGCAGCUAAUGGGCUAAAAUUAAGGAAUGGAAGCUUGGGUUGUGUGUUUGUUGUUGUUUUUUUUUUUUGGGGGUGGGUGGGGGGGAAUAGUAGUUGAUGGAAAGGAAGUUAGAGAGUUGAAGGGGAAAAUAUUUAUGUGGUAGACUUUUGAGACGAUCCUCUUGGUUUUUCUAUUGACUUUUUCCUUGUAUUUAUUUUCUUUUUCAUUGUUUUGUUUCGUCUUAAUUUCUUUUAAAUAGACAGUUUUUCACAUUUUUUGUUUUGCUUCUAAAUAAAAAAAUGUUCAGUAUAACAAGUUCAAACAAGUGUUACUUUUUAUUAAAAGCACCAUGUACGGUAUAUGUGUAUACAUUUUCAGAGGUAGCGAUUUACAUCUGUUACAUGGACAGUUUGUUAUAUUGCUUUCUUUGUUGUUGUUUUGUAUUUCAGCUAGUUGUAAUGAUUGAUUCUCUGGUUGGAGCGAGCAUUUCUCCAAGCAUUUCAAUGUUUACAAAGCGAUUAACUUCACAUAGACUAGACCUAAUAAAAGUAAACCUUUUGGAUAGAAUGUUGUUUAGCUUCCUGAUGCUUUUGAUUUAUUGAAAUUUAUGUCACGUAACUGCAAUAUGUUUUUCUUGUUUCAUUUUCCUUGAUAUGCAAAUAAAGGCCAUAUCCCUGCUAGAGGAUAAAUUACUCGAGAUGACUAAAUUAUUUACAUCAGUGUAUAAGAAUUUGCUAUGCUCUGCAACAAAGAAUGAAACAAUAAUGUUCAGCAGAUACGUUGGGGUUUUUUUUAACUUUCAUGAUAAAAAAUUUGAUAUUCAUUGUUUUAGUUUUUAUAACCUGCAUCUGCAUGUUCCCUUUUGAAAUAUUGUUACUCGUGUCCAUAUAAGAA